CUUUGUUAGCACUCUGGCAUCCACAGUUUUUAAAUGUUCUAAUUUUGAGUGAUGGUAGAUACCGGCAACAGCUCGAGCUGAUUUAAUUUUGGUGAAAAUCUGUUCAAGGUCACGUCUUCAAACUUCAGAAUAUACUAGCGCUUGGGGGACAUGAGUAGCUAGGCUGGCUAAGCAUUUGACCUUGGCCUUCACUGUUAGAGCCCAAGGUCAAAGUUCAUAUUGGGAAAAAAAGUUAAGAAGCCAUAUUGAGUAAUAAGUCAAGUUUUUCACAGCUUACAGAAAUCUAGUCGUUUAUUUGUGCCACUCUGCCUAGACCUCUUGCCCCUCCUUUGCCCCAUGUAAAAUUUUCUAGAUCUGCCGCUGGUUAUAGGUUCAGUGCUCUCCAAAACUUUAGAGCAAUAUAAUAAUCACUGGGGGGCAUAAGCACUUUCUUUGUUUGAAAGUAAAAAUGAAAAUUUACUUUCUCAAUACAAAAUUAUAUGACUUCAUAAUGACACAAAAGAUUUAUAUACUACACUAGAUUUCCAUAUUAACAAUGCUGGCAUGAGCAUAAAACAUCAAAGUCUUAGCAUAGCCCUCAUUCUCAAGUGCUCCUGUUAUUAUUAUUACUAUUAACUUGCAUUCCUUGUCCUGUAAACAACUCCCAAAAGGUCCAAAUGAGGUCCCCAGACCUCAUGUUAAGAACCACUGCAGCAGCCCUCUUGUCUCGCUGUCCACGGUGCUGGAAUCACGCCCAUCCUUUCAUUAAAGUGCACAAAGCAAACACGUUUCGUGCACGCGAGGCUUUAAAGUUUCGCGUCUUUACACGCACGAGCUGCGCAUCGAUCCUCCACAGACUCGACUCGGAGCGGUGAUGUGCCGCUCAGCCAAUCAGCUGGCGGACUGACCCCGUCGUACGAUGUUCUCGCGUGUUCUGGUCACGAUGGCUUGUUUUCAUCACCGUCUUCAACUCGCUGCUCAUCCAGCAGCUUGAUGACGCCUCAGUCGGUGGGAGCGGAGGAAAGGUGCGCACGUUAAGAAAAAAAAAUGGACUGCGCACUUCGCUCGUCGGUUUUCAAAGCAGCUUCAUGUUCCUGCUGCUGAUGAUCGACCCUGCAGAUGUUGCAGCAGGGAUUGUUUUUGGUGUCGGCGGAUCGCGGUGCCAUGCGUCGUUUUGCAUUUUUACGCACCCAUCCAGCCUUCUCCUCCUCCUCCUGCUCUUCAUCCUCUGAUCAAACAGCGUCACAUGCUGCUGAAAAGCACUUAAACGCUCCAGAUAAAAUGUCUUUGGGUGAAUGCGGCAGCCCGCAGGAUUUGGACCGACGCCGGAGGCCAGCAUGCCCGGAUCGGAGGACGUAUUUAUAACGCUAGCAAAUCACAUUUCUUCACAUUUUGAUACUUAACGUCAAUUUAAAGACUCAGCCAUGGGCGAUGAGAGGAGUUUGUCUCAGCAGAUAGAGAGUGUGGAGAGGAGCAUGGUGUUCCUCAGGAAGGAGCACCUCUCCAUGCUCCAUGGUCUUCACCUGGAGAUCCUCUCCCUGCAGAAACGAUGCACAGAGUUGACAAGCGAGUUGAAGAUGAAGCCUCCGGGCAGGAGUCAAAUAGAAUUGCAGGAGGAAGAGGAGCUCUUGGAAGCUUGCAGUCUGGAGGUGGAAAACCGCCUGGCAGAAAAGGAGUGCGCCUUGGGGGAGAUUAGGAAGGAGCUCACUCAGAAAGGGGCUUUGGUGGGAGUUCUCAGAGCCAAUCUCAAGCAAAAAGAGCGCCAUUUUCUGGAGGAGCUGAAAAGCCGCAGCCACUGUUCGACCGUCCUUAACACGGAGCUGCAGAAACAAACCGAGGCCGCGGCAUACCUCUCCUUCCAGCUGCACGCUGCCAGGCAGAAACUGCACCAGCAGCGGAUGCAGCAGAGGCAGGGACUGCUUUCCAGGGCCAACAACCAGGGGCUCCAGUACGGUGCUGAGCAUAACUCCACAGUUUCUCCACAGAUGCUUUCAGGAGCUUCCCCGUCUUCUCCUGUGGUUAAACCAAAACGUAAGAGCGCUAGGGCUUCCUCGAGAGUUGAGCGUUCCCGAGAGUGUGUGCCGAUAGAGAAAGUGAUGGGCCCUGCAGAGCCCACAGCCAUGCCGGACCCUGCUCUCUUCCUCCACCCUCGAAGGCACAGGGCCCGCUCCAGGCACAAUGUGGCACAAAGACAGCCUCCACUGGGCAUGGAGAAGGAAGAAGAGGAGGACGAGGAAGGGGCAGGAGGUGGGGAAGGGCCAGUGGAGCCCCAAGAUGAAGCUGCUAGACUGGUGUCUUCAGCAGCAGCAGCAGCAGCAGCAGCACCUCUGCGGAGCAACGCUGCGGAGACGCAAGCAGAUUAGCAACUACUGUGACGUGUGCAUUUCGACCACUGUAUCAUCUGUCAGACUGUUACUGGUGGUAAUUGUUGUUCUGCACCUUGACUGAAUCAAUACUGAGACUGGUUUUAGCCAUUUUAUUAUAUCACACUCACCAUAUGCUCUUUUUUAAAUAUGAACUUUGAAGUAACCUUAAAUAACUCGCAAAAGUCAGUAAGUGUCACUUUAGGUCAGUCUUUUAAACUGGAAGGAAUUGUUUACACUGCUGUCAGAUACUCUGUGGGGCCUUAUUUUAUGGUAGCCCCCCCUUCUUGGUUUGAGUUUGACCGUGGUAGGAGUCAUUUAGAGUGGACUAGAAGCUGUUGUGGUAGUUGUGUUACCCAGGCAGCUGUGACCUUUAAAGACCCUUCAUAAAUCACCCUAGGUGGCCGGGUGUUUGCGUGCAGCACAGCUGAACAUAUCUGAGGUUGUGGGCACACGAAAUAAUGAUUGAUCCCCAGGAAAUUCCUCACUUUAAAUAGAAACAGUUUUUUUCUUUUUGACUUCUUUAAAAAAAAAAAAAAAAUCCAUAACCAAGCAUCAAAAUCUGGUUUCCAUCUGAUUUAAUCUUCAUCUUAAUCCUCGGUAUAAUCUGAAAAACAGAAGUAAUCAGUCAAGGCAAUUAUUUUUAUUGCCUUGACUGAUUAUUUUUGCAAGGUACAAAUCAUCAGUGGUUUAGACCUUUUUCACAGCAGACAAUUAAGAUGACAUUAAGAGAGGUUCUAGUGGCUUUAGAUAUCUCGGUCAGGGAUCAAGGCCGUGUCUAAAAUGAAUAUCUUGCUCACUCAACAGGCACUAAGGGCCAGAUUUACUAAAACGUUGCCCCGGCACAGUAAAAAGUACUAUCAGUAUUCAGAAGGAGAUCACAGUGACAAGAUUGCGUGUGAUAUGUUAAUAUUAAAUACGUAAUUUUGGGAGUUCCCUUCUCAAGGUGCAAAAUAUAGGAAGGAGAAUGUUUUAAUCAAGCACGCACACUAAUUUAAUAAUGCGAUUUACUUUUAAUUGUGCCGAUAUUUAACACAGAAUAAAAGCAGAUCUUAUUUUUUGAGCUUGAUACUGAAAUUGACCGUUUAAAAGGCAGCGCAACUUUUGUAAAACACGCCAUUUUGCCCCUUUUAGUAAAUCUGGCCCUAAACUCUUCUCUGUAACCAGCAGAAUACCAGAGUGCCAAACAGUAAAUGCGCAAGUUGGAAACUGAGGUAGUUAAAAUAUAUAUAUAUAUAAUCUGUGAGAAAGACUCCCUAACACGGCGGCCUGGUUACGUUUGGGCAACAAAACUACAAGGCUGGUUUGAGUCAGAGUACACCUGUUUAACAAUGUCACCCACAUCACAGAAAGCCUGAAGGCAAACUGUUGCCAUGUGCAAAGCAGCCAAUCGGUGUUUCAACUGACAACAGAGUUUUCCUACAGCCCACCUUCACUGUUUUGGUUAGUGACCAGAUCGUGACACACUUUAGAGCAGCAAUCCCCAACCCCCGGGCCACAGACCAGUACCGGUCCAUGAGUCGUUUGGUAUAGGGCCGCAAGGGUUGAGGAUCAGGUGUGAAAUUCAUAUUUUUUUUAUUUAUUUUUUUUAUCGUUAACUCUGUUUCCCUGUGUCUUUUCCCGUGUGUUAUGAAUAAGUCUUCUUUUUUUUGUACCGGUACUGGUUUUGUUUUGUUUUGUUGUAUUUGUCCGCGACACCUUAAAGACAGGUCUGUGAAAAUAUUGUCGGACAUAAAUCCGUGGCGCAAAAAAGGUUGGGGACCGCUGUUUUAGAGUGGACCUCUAAAACAGUUCUUAACAAAUUUAUUAGAUCACCUGUUGUUAAAAACAAGAAAAUAACAAUAUUUUCAAAAUUAACUUGUUUAAACUAAAAAAAAAUUUUGAAUUCACUGAACUGAAUUCCUUUUUUUAUGCCCAAAUUUAAUCCGGCUAACUGGACGUCUCCGAGAAGGAUAACGUUUAAAAAAAUUUCUGUUCAGGAAUGCAAGUAAAUUCAUAUAAUUUGGCAUCUAAACCAAAAAAUAAUAAUGUGCUUUGCCAUUGUUUUUAUGCUUUUUUUUUUUUCCACAGCAGCUAAUUUGAAAGUAAUAAUUGACAACAAUAAUUAUAUUUUAGCAUUAAAAAUGUGCAUACAGAGGAUUAAGCAUUACAGAAACAUUAAAAAACAAAAAAUUAAUUAUCGAUACUGUUCGUUUAGGGCAGCUGAGGCAUAAAACUUACACUGGGUGGUGGUCUAAUACAUUUCUUAAGUACUGUAUGUAAGGCAAAAGCUCAGACUACUGCCUCUGCAUGAUGAAGGGAGGAGAUAUCCUUAUGUGAUCCUCUCAGGCUCCACCCACCUAUCGUCCAAACCUUCUGCUUAUGAGAGGCAACCAAUCAGAAGAAGGCUGGUUUAAAGGGUAUGGAGCUACAACAGCAUGUUUCAGUUAGUGGAUGAGGGCAAGUAUAAGAUGAAGACGGAUUAUUUUGAACUGUGAAUCAUGGAAAUCUAAAGUCCCGAAAGGUACUAAAGGUCAUUAGCCUUUGUUUGUCUACAUCAAUCUCAGCCCACAGGUAAAAAAAAACAUUAGCAAACAACAGAAGACAAAAUAUUAUCACUUACAUUACUAAGAAAGCAUCACAACUUCUCAUUCAUUUUUAAAUAGCGGUAGUGAUACAAUGUGAAAAUAAAUAACUUAAUUCCUUUAGGGUACACAGUAUAUUUUAUCAGUGCCUGUCUCUAAUGGAGGAGAGGUCGGCCACGUGAAACUUCGGUCUGUAUGUUUUAAGAAGCGAUGGAUUGGAGUGGUGUGCUGCCUUUCCUUUGCAGGGACUGCUUUGUGUGUAAACAGGCCACAUGCUGGUGAUAAUCAGUUCUGACUCACUGGACUGUGCACUUUACUCAGGUGUGGGUUGUGUACAGAAAACACACACGGACGACGCCUUCUUCGGCAUUUGUGUUUGAGGGUCUUGUGUUGUUUGUUUCACUUUUUUUUUUACCUCAGGAAAACAAAAUUAGGUUUCCGAUGUGUCUGAUGAUGUGUCUUACACUGAAGAGCCGGCUGACUGUUUUGAUGGAAUUUCCUUUCACAUUUUUUUUUUUAAACACAUUUAACAAAUUCCCAAACUAGCCUUGUGAGUUCACACGGAUGCAGUGGCUGUUAUCCUCUAUUAUCAAAACACAUGCAUAUGGUGGCCCCUAGUGAAACAAUGAGCAAACAGCAUGAAGCAAGCAGGUGAAAUCAACCUUUUAUGCUACGGCUUGCAUUAACAGCGCCCUUUUAUGACUUUACCAUCAUAUACACUACUGCAACUACUGCCUUAUAAUAUAUAAGAGGAGUCGUGAUGUAAUAAACGUGGACACGGACUCAAAGGAAACUACUUUACUUAACGGAUGGUUUCCUUUUAUACAACUCUGGUUGGGGUUUGCAUAUAAGUCAGAUCACAGUUUUUCUUCAACGCUUUCCUUGAGCCAUGACCUAACUGAGUAACCGCAGCUUGAUGUGAGUCUUCCUGUAAGACUGAAUUUGAUUGUGAGGAUUUUCUUUCACUCCUAAGCCACCGGUUAGCGGCUUAGCAUCAUGUUUGUAGGACUAUUAUUAAAAAAGCAAUAUAUAUUGUAUAUUUAUAUAUUAUGAGUAGGUGAGGUCAGCUGAUGUAAGGCGUGAAAAUAGUUUCUAUCUUUGUAAUUUUUCAGCUCAGUGUUUUCGCUUUAUAUUUUUCUGAACUGUCCGAUGGAUUGUUCCAUUUUAAAGUUUUGUCACUGACUCUUUAUGAGAUGAGUUGCUACGCUAAAUGUUAAGGGAUUUGAUGAUAUGCUGCACGUGACACAGCAGUGAGUAAAUGGGCAUAUUCUUAUGCCACCUGAGACUGCCUGGCUGCAACCUGAGUGAAGUACACCAAUUUUUUUUGUUUUGUUUUGUUUUUUAGCAAAGAAAUGCAAACAUGACGAGGGUUUCCAUUCACCUCUUAGCUGGUAAGCCAUUAGCAUGACCGUGUGCACUAUUCUUCCUCAAGUUUUAUGAGACAGUCGGUGAUAAAAGUGCAAAGCUGUCUUGUCCAAAACAGUUUCUCCGACAGGGAAAACUGAGCUUUAGACUGUUAGACUCCAUGAGUUAAUCACUGCACCUCCUAUCCAGGUAGAUUCAACUCUCCAUCCACCUGUAAUCAUCAGUUUAAUAGAUUUCACAGCAGAUGAUCCAUGCUUUUUAUGUAACAUCAAAAUACUGGCUGCUGUACGCGUCUUUGCUACAGUUUUUACAACUCAGAGACUGACGACUUGUCUGCCUUGAGGGAAAACGCUAAUGAGCCAAAGAGGCCCACCACUGAAAUUAGCACAAAGACAAACGGUGCGACGCCUAACGAAGAUGUCUUUCAGCGAAAUCUUCACUGCCUCAGAGCAUAGCAUACUAUAUCUCACAUCAUGCAAACAAACGGUAAUGAUCCGCACACACCCGCAGAGAACGUCUUCCAUCUUUCAAAACGCUCAUGUGACUCUAAUCCUCAUAUUGGUCGCAUGACAGCAGCAGCAGCAUCUCUGUCAGUUUUACUCUUCCAGGUCUUUGUGGUGACUCCUGGUUGAUUUUCCAUCUUACAGAAGAAUUUUCAGGGCACCGUGAAGCAUCUCGUUUGACGUGUUAUGUGGUUUCUAGCAAUAAUACCCAACAUGCAAAACAGAGAGAUGUUGCUCUGGGUUGUUAUCUGCUAUUGACUGAUUACCGCAUAUACUGUGUUUGCUUCCUACAGUGAUUUACUGUACCCGUAACCCAAAUAAACUGAAAGGUUGUCGA